AUGGUCUGCCUGUGCUGGGGCUGGCAGCUCUCGCUGCUCCCUGCCAUUCUGCUCAGCCUCCGCAGUCCACCAUCAGUCCCUGAGCCAGUGACAUCCCAAGAUGCUGCACUGCUGGCAGGGGUGUCCGAGGACAUCCUCUGUUUCUCGCGCUCCUUCGAGGACCUCACCUGCUUCUGGGAUGAGAAGGAGGAGACAACUAGCAGCAUGUGCCACUUCUACUACUGGGACAUGCCCACCGUGUGUGUGGUCUCCACGUGGCGCCGUGGGGCUGGCGGGACGCGGCAUGUCUGCGUCUUCCCCAGCCAGGACGUGCGGCUCUUCACCCAGCUCCACCUCCGCGUCCUGGAUGCCACCACAAACCAGACCAAGUACUGGCGGGAGCUCAGCGUGGAGGCAGUGGGUCUCAUUGCACCCCCAGAGAACAUCAUAGCCUACUGGGCUGGGGCUGCAGGGCAACUCUACGUGUCGUGGCAGCCACCGCUCGUCGACUACCUGAACUUCUUCCUCUACGAGGUGCAGUGCUGCCCUGCCAGCUCCUCAGGGAUGUCCUGCAGCACCACAUUGAAUCCCAGUGGGCAGCACCCCAGGGACCCCUUCAUCCAGUCAACCGUCAGCACCCACAAACCCAGGGCUGAGGCAACCUCCGCCUCCCUGGGAGUAGGGCAGGGACUGGUCCAGGCCAACACCUGGGUGAUCCUCCAUGACCUGCAGCCAGGGCUGAGGUACCACAUCCAGGUGCGCAGCAAGCCUGAUGGCACCUCCAUGGACGGUGUCUGGGGGCCCUGGUCACAGGCGGUGGCAGCGGAGACGCCCCGCUCCUCUGGAGACAUCCGGCUGUGCUGCAGCACCCCUGACCUGCGGCAAGUGCGCUGCAAGUGGAGCUGGGACCCUGCAGAGCCCCACAGCUCCCACCAGCUCUUCUACCGACCACCUCCAAGCAGGGCUGGCACAAGACAAGAUGCAUGGCAGCAGUGCGAGCAGGUGAGCGUGGGAGCACACGGCACCCAUGCCUGCACCUUCCAGCCCAGUGCACGCAGUGCCAUCUCCAUCCUGGUGAACAUCACCAGGACCCACACGCUGCCCACGCUCAGCUACUUCAAGGAGCCCUUCUGGCUGCAUCAGGCUGUGGUCACAGACGCCCCACAGCUCGUGCAGGCAACAGUGUUGCAGGGUCGGCUGAGCCUGCAGCCCAGACCCACACCCCAUCACUGCCCCUUGGCUGUCUCGCAGCAGCCAUGCCUCUAGCUUGGCUCUGCCCCACAGGUCCUGCAGGUUCCACGGGCAGCCAGGAAAGAAGUCCUGGACCUACAGCCAGGCACCCGGUACCAUGCCCAGGUGCGGGCCCAGCCUGGUGGGCCGUGGUACCAGGGCAGCUGGAGUGCCUGGUCCAAACCUGUUGUGGUUGAUGCCGUGGCGCAUAUAUUAAUAAGCUGGAUUAUCCCCAGCGUGACGGUGGUGCCGCUGCUCUUCACAGCAGUGCUCCUGGGGCUGCGCUGCACCUUCCCCUCCCUCUACAG